AUGAUGGAGGAGAUGUCCAUGACAAUGGCAUGUCAUGCCCAUAUUAUGGACCAGAUGAGUGAAGAGGAGAUCCUGGCCUGUCUGGCAGAUGAAAUAGGACCACAAGUCACAGUCCCAGUGAAGAAAGCCAAACAUAGGGAAAGCCGGCUUCAAAUAAUGGAUGAUGAAGAAGACCCCUUGGACAAAUACCUGAUGGAGAACCGUCGGCUUCAGCAGGCCAGCCUCCGUCUGGAGCAGGAGAACGACAACCUUGCCCACAGACUGAUCACCAGCAAGGUCGCCCUAAGGAAUGCUCUGGACAAGGCAGAGGACAGAGUGGACCAACUCACCAAAGACCUUCUACAAACCAGACAUCAACUGCAGGCCUCAGAAGAGGAGAAGAGAGGGAAAGAGGAGGAAGCUGCAAUGCUGAAGGAGGUGUUUCGGAGAGAGCUGGAGAAGGCUGAGCAGGGAGGCAGAAGGUCGUUGGGUAUCAUUGCAGACUACAAACAGAUCUGCUCUCAGCUGACAAACCGUCUGGAAAGGCAGCAGUCCGCCCACAGAGAACAGUUAGAUUCACUCAAGAGCGCAGUGAAGGCUUGCUCGCGCUGUCGACACGUUGCAGAAUCAGGCGAACCAUCCGGCACAGACCAGGACUCAGCAACAAGAGAGGCCCAUGGGAUGACUGAACCAGGCCGAGAUGAGGACAACAAAGGUCCCGCAAAAGCAGAGCAGAGGAGAGACGACCAGGAGAAGGAGUCCCUCAAGGCCCAGGUCAGGGAGCUGGAACAGGAGUUGGCCCAGACCAAACUACAGAUGGUGGAGGCCAAUUGCAAGAUCCAAGAGCUGGAGCACCAGAGAGGCAUCCUGGCCAGCAAUCUCCAGGACGCAAAGAACAGCUGGAUCAGCAAGGCCUUCACCUCCCUGCGGACUUCCAGUGGAGGGGGACUUCUCAGAAUCAGCAUACCCAGAGAUGGAGCUCCUGCGGCCGGCUGGAACCUCCACCGUGGUUCCCUCUCUGGGUGGAGCACCAAGAAGCUGUCGCGGCCUCACAGGGACAACCCAGAGAAUGUCUGA